UGGACUACGUGUCGAUGAUGUGUAACGAACAGUGCUAUUCACUCGCCAUCGAGAAGAUGUUGGGACUACAGGUGCCGAAGAGGGCUCAGUAUAUUCGGGUCAUGUUUGGCGAAAUUACCCGUAUUUUAAAUCACUUGAUGGGUAUCGGGACUCACGCUCUUGAUAUCGGAGCUCUCACACCAUUCUUCUGGCUGUUCGAGGAGAGAGAAAAAUUAAUGGAGUUUUACGAGAGGGUUAGCGGCGCUCGUAUGCACGCGGCGUACGUAAGGCCGGGAGGUGUGGCUCAAGACCUGCCAAUCGGUAUUAUGGAUGACAUAUACCGUUGGGCCGAACAGUUCCCCGAAAGGGUGGAUGAAGUGGAGGACCUGUUGACUGAUAACCGCAUUUGGAAGGCCCGUACCGUUGAUAUCGGUGUCAUAUCGGCUGAAGACGCGCUGAAUUGGGGAAUGAGUGGUGUUAUGCUUCGCGGGUCGGGAAUCAAAUGGGAUUUACGCAAAACCCAGCCCUACGACAGUUAUGAAGACUUUGACUUCGAUAUACCCAUUGGUCUAAACGGCGAUUGUUAUGACAGAUACCUGUGCCGUAUAGAAGAGAUGAGACAAUCGAUAAACAUUAUAAUUCAAUGUCUGAACCGUAUGCCCGCCGGUGAGGUCCGCAGCGAUGAUAACAAAGUGGUUCCUCCGACUCGUGCGGAAAUGAAGUCAUCGAUGGAAGCGUUGAUACAUCACUUUAAACUGUUUACCGAGGGUUAUAAUGUGCCCGCAGGCGCCACGUAUACGGCCAUUGAGGCACCGAAAGGCGAGUUUGGCCUCUAUAUGGUGUCCGACGGCUCGUCCCGACCCUAUCGGUGCAAAAUCAAAGCGCCUGGAUUUGCUCACUUGUCCGCACUCGACUACAUGGGUCGCGGCCUACUAUUGGCCGACAUUGUGGCCAUUAUCGGCACAAUGGAUAUCGUGUUUGGCGAAGUGGAUCCCGCGCACACACUGGCAAACAUGUUGAGACUAUUACGAGUGCCGUCGCCAGUGGUGACCGCGAUAGCCAUUAACAUGAACCGCAAAUUGGAGGCCAAACACCGUCGGGUGACAAUCAAGUGGUCGUUGGCGGGCGUGAGUGACUGGAAAGCCGGUCGCACACUCAAAGACUUACGCCGGCCGAAAAUCCGUUACCAUGUCUACGGCGACAAAGGGCCCGAACAGCCGGAUUUGAGGGGCAAUACUACUGAUGACCAGCAGUACUCGUGGUAUAAGGAAUACGCGGAACAGUUGGCCGGCAAAACCAUUAGCUAUAAGGACGACAACUGGAAGGACUGGGAUGACGACCAUCCGGAUAGUCGACCAAUGGAGAGACACGUGCGUCCCUUUACGAUCAACUUCGGACCCCAACAUCCGGGCGCUCACGGAGUGCUCCGAUUGGUGCUCGAGUUGAGUUGCGCUCUGGAGGAAGUGGUGUUGAGAGCCGACCCGCACAUCGGUCUCCUCCAUAGGGGCACUGAAAAGCUGAUUGAGUACAAGACGUACACUCAGGCCCUGCCAUACAUGGAUCGGUUGGACUACGUGUCGAUGAUGUGUAACGAACAGUGCUAUUCACUCGCCAUCGAGAAGAUGUUGGGACUACAGGUGCCGAAGAGG